CAUCACCUCGGCCUACACGACUCACCGGCCUGCAGACGUUGUUUCUCCCAUCAUAGCAUGCUCAAACAGUCCCUACCCAACCCACCGACCAUGCUUUCCUUGGCCGCCUCUUCCGCAACACCUCCACUGCACUCAAUCAACUUCAAUUCUGUCCCCUCAUAGGAUCGCAGCACCCCGCCAUGGCUCACGUCCUGCUCCUGCGUGCACCCACCCGCGACGGCCCCGACCGGUACGAGUCCGCGCUCGCCGACAAGGGCCUCACGCCCGCAUCCGUCCCCGUCGUCGAGACGGGCUACACCAACCUCGACAAGCUGAAGGAGGUGAUCGUCGCGGGCCCGGAGCGCGGCGGGUUCGGCGGGGUGGUCGUGACGAGCGCGCGGAGCUGCGAGGCGUGGAAGGCGGUCGUGCUCGAGCUCGUCGGGGAGGAGGCGAACUCGGAGCCAGGCGACGCGGCGCAGUGGUCGACCGUCCCGUUCUACGUCGUCGGCGAGGCGACCGCUGCCGCGCUGCUCUCCAUCCGCGCGAUCGUCGGGGCCUACACGCAGUACGCGCCCUCCGAGGAGAACGUCCGCGGUGCCGCGAGCACGGGCACCUCCGAGAAGCUCGCGCGGCUCAUCGUCGCCGAGCUCGCGGACGCCCCGCGCGACGACCCGCGCCGGACGCUGCUCUACCUCAUGGGCGACAAGAACCGGGACACACUCCCGAGGGUGCUCGAGGAGGGUGGCGUGCGCGCGGAGCCCGUGCAAGUGUACGAGACGCAUGGGUCCGCGACGUUCAACGCGGAUUUGGAGGGGGCGAUCAGAGGUGCGGCGGGUGAGCCAGAGGGGAGGGUGGAGAAGGUGCUGGAGAAGGUGAUGCACCCGGGGUCGUCGUCGCCUGCACGUUCAGAGCGGCCUACGCACUGGUGGAUCGUCUACUUCGCCCCCUCCGAGGCAGAGUUCACCACACCCAUCCUUCGCGAGCACUUUAUUCUCUUGUGUGACAACGGCGACUCCGCCGGCCCCGCAAACGCGAAGCCCGUCGCGCGCAUCGCGUCGAUAGGUCCAACGACGGGCGAUUUCCUGCGGAACAACAUGGGUCUGAGAGUCGAUGUCGUCUCGCCAAAGCCAGGCCCUGUUCCUUUGGCGGAGGCAAUCGCAGACUUCGACAGUACACAUCCUUGGUGAUAAGCGGGUCCUCGCAGGGCGCGGUUGUGCAUGUCUGUGUAUUAAUAGGACAGAAGACGAUAGAAUGGAACGUGUACUACCAUGCUGCGUAUCCAGACGCGAUUCGCGAUGCCAAAGCAGUUCAAAGACAGAAGGACUUCCUACCAUCUACCAGUUGCAUCGGAGCGAUGCGGUGGAUAACUUCAAAGCCACAGCACACCAUGAAACAGACCUUCACACAACGCUGGGGUCGGUUAUCGUCUUGGACCACUCAACCGGUAACAGCAGCGAUAUAUGCUCUUGUUACGAGAUGAGAGUUGAAGGUGCAGACCAUAGCUUACUCCUGAACAUUCCCCUUCAUGUAUGACACCCUGAUGGUCUGUGCGU